GCCAUGGGGAGGCGGAGGAGAACGGAUUGUUUUCUUUGUUAUUUUUAAACUCUCGCAACUCGCCCUUAUGACACGAUUCACAGCAAGCUGUAAACGUCAAUAUUCCCGAUGCACUCGAAAAAGGGGAGCAGGCUUUCACAGGAGGAAUUCUUGGGCUGCAGCGCUGGUAGGAGUGUGGGUUUAAUCGUCGGGAAGUUGGGGCCGUGCUGGGCGCAUGGACGUUGUGAGCAUGAGCCUGAGAGGGAAGGGGUACCUGGCGGACCUGGGGGGCAGCUUCACUGAGGAUGCUCCACGACCCCCGGUCCCCGGGGAGGAGGGCGAGCUGGUGUCCAGUGAUGCGCGGCAGUCCUGUCACGGCUUCUACUCCGCCAAGGGGGACGGCCUCCGGAGCGAGGCUUCCACAGCCACGCCCCGACGCCCCGACUUGGACCUGGGCUACGAGCCCGAGGGCAGCGCCUCCCCCACGCCGCCCUACCUGAAAUGGGCGGAGUCCCUGCACUCCCUCCUGGACGACCAAGAUGGCAUCCACUUGUUCAGGACUUUCCUCAAGCAGGAGGACUGCGCCGACCUCCUGGACUUCUGGUUCGCCUGCAGCGGCUUCCGCAAGCUGGAGGCCAGCGAGGGCAACGAGGAGAAGAAGGUGAAGCUGGCGAAAGCCAUCUACAAGAAGUACAUCCUGGACAACAAUGGGAUCGUUUCGCGGCAGAUCAAGCCGGCCACCAAGAGCUUCAUCAAGGACUGCGUGAUUCGGCUGCACAUUGACCCCGCCAUGUUUGACCAAGCCCAGACUGAGAUCCAGACCAUGAUGGAGGAGAACACCUAUCCUUUGUUCCUCAAGUCCGACAUCUAUUUGGAAUACACCAGGACAGGUGGGGAGAGCCCCAAGCUGUACAGCGAUCAGAGCUCUGUGUCAGGGAACGGAAAAGUCCUGCCAGGAUACUUACCGACUCUGAACGAGGACGAGGAGUGGAGGUGUGACCGUGAGCUGGAGGAGGAGCCGGAAUGUGACCACACCCCCAGCAACAGGCUGACCCAGAAGCUGCUGAUGGAGACUGCCCCCCAGCGAGUGGUCACCAACAAGAGGUGUCAGGAGAGCCGGGAGUACAGCAGACACUCAACAUGGAGGGAGCCCAUCAACCCUUACUACGUCAACACCGGUUACGCCCUGGCGCCCGCCACCAGCGCCAACGACAGCGAGCAGCAGAGCAUGUCCAGCGACGCCGACACGCUGUCCCUGACGGACAGCAGCGUAGAUGGGAUUCCUCCGUACAGGUAUCGGAAGCAGCAUCGGCGAGAGAUGCAGGAAAGCGCCAAAGCAAACGGGCGAGUGCCACUACCUCAUAUCCCUCGCACACACCGGAUGCCAAAGGAUAUUCACGUGGAGCCGGAGAAGUUCGCCGCAGAGCUGAUCAGCCGGCUGGAGGGCGUGCUGCGGGAGAGGGAGGCCCAGGAGAAGCUGGAGGAGCGUCUGAAGAGGGUCCGACAGGAGGAGGAAGGGGACGACGCGGACAUCUCCUCGGCGCCCUCACUGGCCAGCCACAAGUUCUCCUCUGCCCUCCACCCCCAGCACUACGGCGCCCGCUACUCGGACCUGAGCUACAACGGCCUGCAGGCGCGCGACGCCCACGAGGAGAACCCCGAGAGCAUCCUGGACGAGCACGUGCAGCGCGUGAUGAAGACGCCCGGCUGCCAGUCCCCCGGCGCCGGCCGCCACUCGCCCAAGUCCCGCUCUCCGGACGGCCCCGUCGCGGCGCCGGGCCACGGCAAGCACCCGGCCAAACCGGGCCUCAAGGCCGAAGUGGGCGGCGCCUACCACCACAAGCACGUCCACCACACGCACCACGCGUCCGGCCUGAAACCCAAAGAGCAGCUGGAGGCCGAGGCCCUGCAGAGGGUGCCGAACAACUUUGCGUGGGGCGCGGAGCUACACUCGUACGGCGGAAAGUCGCGCAACUUUGCCGACAGCAUGGGCAUGGAGGCGCUGGGAUACGGCAGCAAAGGCAGCACGUUAUCCAAGCGGGCCUUCAAGAAGGGCGAGCCCGGGAAAGGGGAGGACGUGCGGGCCUUCGAGCUGCCCGUGCCCCCGGAGGAGCUGGAGAAACACCAGAAGAUCAUCCAGUGGAUGAUGGAGGGAGAGAAGGAGGCGGGCCGCCACAAGAAAGCGCCCUACGCAGUCGCCAUGGGGUCCAAGAAGGCCCAGGGGCACGAGGGGUCCCGGCCCAGCUCGGUGGAGCGCCCCGGCGCCGUGCACCCCUGGGUCAACGCCCAGCUCCGCAACACCGUGCAGCCCUCGCACCCCUUCAUCCAGGACCCCACCAUGCCCCCCAACCCCGCCCCCAACCCCCUCACCCAGCUGGAGGAGGCCCGCCGGCGGCUUGAGGAGGAGAAGAAGAAGUCAGGGACCCUGCAGACCAAACAGAGGUAUGUGAUGGAGGUAAUCCAGAGGGGUCGCGCUGCCGUCAGGCCCGCUCUGGUCCCCCCGCUCAGCGUGGUGCCUGCCGUCUCCGACAUUGACCUCUCCGAGUGCGAACACAAAGCUACAAAGAGGCAGCCGUGCGAGAACGUUAUCGUGGCGUAUUACUUCUGCGGGGAGCCCAUCCCGUACAGGACCUCUGUCAAAGGGAGGAUCAUCACACUCGGACAGUUCAAGGAGCUGCUGACCAAGAAAGGGAGCUACAGGUAUUACUUCAAGAAGGUAAGUGACGAGUUUGACUGCGGGGUGGUGUUCGAGGAGGUCCGCGAGGAUGACGCCAUUCUGCCCAUCUUCGAGGAGAAGAUCAUUGGGAAGGUGGAGAAGAUCGACUGAAGUGGAGGCGACGAGGGAGGGAUGGAGGAAAGGGCCAGGGCUGCGAGACCGCGGCCUUGAGAAAGGGAAGCGGGUUCUGCAGGAGGCCCGAGGAGAAGGCCGGAGUCAGAAUGGUACAAGGAACGUCAGUCUGCUGGAGAGGACGAUGUAGAGAGACAACCGGUUUGGGGAAAUAGUCACUGUGGGAGUGACUUACAGGCUGACUUACAGGCUUCCACUUUGGCACAGAGGUUUUUAUAGUCCUUUGCAAGCUGCUCAGCUCCAGUGGAAACUGCAUUUUCACAGCACAAGUUAUCGUCAUCAUGAUUAUAAAAAAGGAAGGCAGCAUUAUAUUUUCUUUGGUCGAUUUUUAACGAAGUGUAAUGUAGCAUUGUAAAGUUGUACUGGAGAAAUUGUACUAUGAAUCUGUUUACUAAAGCUGCAUAUUUUUGAUAUAACGGAAUAGAAGGAAGGUAUUCUUUCUUAUGUAACAACGCUUUCUUGUAAUUUUGAUAUGUACAGGUACUUCUAAAUUUACCAGUUGUGUACAGGCCAUCUGCUUUAAGCAAAAAAGUUUUAUAUAUAUUUAAAUAUUUAAAAAGCUGUCAGUUUGAUCCCAUUCAUACAUUUGCUGGACACAAUUACAUUUCUCAAGAUCUGUGUUUUGAUUGUUUUUUUUUUGUUUUUUUUUUGAGAGAAGAGAAUCCAGGAUUCGCCAUUGCAGUUAAUUUCCUCAUCUGUGUCAUACAUAGACUGCCAGUGAUUUGACAAAUGCUUUUGAACCCUCAACUCAAAUCUCAAGCGAAACAUAAUGUCUGCUGCUAAAAGUUUGGUGUCAGUAAUCACAUACAGUCAUGCACUACUUCAUUAUGCAUUAGUACGGAAAGGAAAAAGGAAACGCCUAUUUAAAUGUGCUCUCAAUGCUGCGGCCUUCAGGCAUUGUGCAUUAGUCUGUUGGGGAAGGGCCUGACAGUGGAUGUGCACUUCCCCCCAGUGGUAGCUAUAUUCACUGUCCUCUCCGGGUUUCUUUCUGGGCUUGUUCUGUCCAUAACAAUGCCAGACAAACCAAGCUGGAUUCUCUGCCGUUGAGAUAUGCGUGUGAAAGUUACCUCAUUCAGGUAUACUUCACUGCAUUAGCCAGCUGGAGUGGGCCAUCGCUAAUGAUGCGUGCAUGUGUGUCGCCAAAGAUGGAGCAAAAAAUACAUAAAUAAAAGGCAACAUCAGUACAAAAAUGCAAAGCGAAACAGAACAUCACCAUUGAUCUCAUGCGUUGAGGGAAACUGAAUUGUGUGAUUUUUAAAGACAACGAAUAAGUCAGAAUCGAGAGGAACCAGAUUGACAAAAAGUGCUCUGGAGUGUGUGCGCUAGAGCCUUACAGAAAGGGUGUGAGAAGUCGCCAGUGGAAUAAGAAUGUCGAAACCGCUGUGGUCUGAGAGUUGGCUUAUGAUGGACAGCUGUGCGAGAGAGGCAUGCUGGGAUUGAGCAUCUCGAUUCUCUGAGGUGCGUGCAUGUGCGGGAGCGCGGAGCCGUUUUUGUGGCCUUCCGCCGGGGCUACGAGUUCUAGAUCUUCUAAAGUGAUGUUUACGCAAAACCUUAAUGUAUUACAAACGAGAAGUGAGAAGCAAGUCGUAGCCUGGCCUGCUGCUUGUGGCUAAAUCUGGGUGCCUGGUAGUGAUGCAGCGUUUGUUUUAAAAUUAUAUGUUUAGCAUGAAACGAUCAUCCUCUUGCUGGAUUGUAAGACACCAAAGAGCACCGUAUACAUUAGAGGUUUAAUAUUUGUAAGAAAUGAACUUGCUGAAAUUUUAUUUUGC